AGCGACCAACCAGCAAGCUCUGUGGUUGCUCGGUGACAGCUGGAGGCUCCGCCCCGUGAUGUCAGAGUGCGGGCUGCUCUGCUGCUGCCUGAGAAGCGCCUCGGACAAGUUGGGAGAGCGGAGUGUGAGCGCUGUUGGGUCUGCAGGAGCUGCUGCUGCUGGGAUCUCGGUGACUGCCGCCAUAGGGAAGGGCUCCGCAGCAAUCCAUCACGCCCGGGGACAGAGUGUGCGCUGCAGUGGGAGCAGGGUGCAGACGGCCAGGGCUAGUCGGAGCUCAGGAGCAGGCAGCGGCGGUGGUGACCGGAGAAGGUGUUCUGCUUCCACCGAGCUGCAGAGGGCACACCGGGCUCGGAGCUCCGGCCCCCUGCACCCGGGCAGCAUGGAGCUGCCUGCGGCCGGGGAACAUGUAUUUGCAGUAGAGAGCAUCGAGAAGAAGCGUAUCCGCAAGGGCCGAGUGGAAUACCUGGUGAAGUGGAGAGGGUGGUCUUCCAAGUAUAACACAUGGGAGCCAGAGGAAAAUAUUUUGGACCCUCGACUUUUGGUCGCCUUCCAGAACAGAGAGAGGCAGGAGCAGAUCAUGGGUUAUAGAAAACGUGGCCCUAAACCGAAGCACCACAUCUUAUCGAUGCCUUCGUUUGCUCGUCGGUCUAAUGUCUUAAUUGGACUUCAGGACUCCUCUGUGGACAAACGUACUAAAUUGGACAUGGUGUCAAUUACAAAGAGCCAACCACACCAGUAUCAACUAAACAGCAAAAAACACCACCAAUAUCAGCCCAACGGGAAGGAUCACACUGAGAAACACCACUCAAGCAACAAACGGAAAUAUUAUUACCAGCUCAACAGCAAAAAACAUCAUCAUUAUCAACCAGAUCCCAAAAUGUAUGACCAAUAUCCUUCUGUGAAGGAUCCCCAAAUUUGUGCUGAUCAAAGUAAUAGACACAGGGAAUCGUGGACUCAUAGUCAAUCUGUAGACUUGGGGGUUCCUGCAAAGAAUGGUACUGGACUGGCUUUAAAUAUGUUGGAAAAGAAUAGUCUCUCAAGUGGAGCCUCCACCAGUCCAUCUACUAAGGAAGGUUCAGGAAAUGGAAUUGGGGGGAAAAUGAAGAUUGUGAAAAACAAAAACAAGAAUGGGAGGAUUGUUAUAGUUAUGAGUAAAUAUAUGGAAAAUGGGAUGCAGUCGGUUAAAAUUAAAUCUUCGGAGGAAGAUUGUGGGACUGCUGAGCCAGGAAAGAAAGUGGAGGUUGUAAAUACUGCAACCCAGAGUGUCUGUAAUGUAGACAGAACUUGUAAAGUCAUUGAAGAAAAACAGGAGCACUGGAAGAAGAGAGUGGAGUCCAAAAUGAGGAUGAAUGAGGCCAGAGGUUACGGGGACAGAGGGCCAGUUCCUCUCACUGGCCUCCAGAGAACCUAUUCUAAUACAGAGUCUAUCAGUGAUCAGCCCUUGCAGCUCACUACCAAGAAGGACAUUGCCUCACGGUCAAGUGCAUCUAGUUUCUCUGUUAGUGAAGUGUCUCCUAAGGAUAUAGUGUAUACUAAUCCUAGAAAGCGUUGCCUGGCUGAAAUGACUGCGCCAAGAGAGCCUUGCAAGAAAAUACUCGCUUCACAAAGUGUGAGUGCUUCUGACAGAAUGGAGAAUCAGGCUGUGCAGAACUGUGUGCCUGUGUCUCCACAAGAGCCAGAUGUAAUUCUCCUUGAUUCUGAUUUGGAUGAGCCCAUAGAUUUGCGCUGCGUGAAGUCCAGGUGUGACAGUGACCAGGAGACUAAUAAACACGGGAUGCAGAGCUCUAAGGAGUCCCAGCCCACUGAAGCAGACAGUCCAAAAGAGGAACCACGGACUGUAUUCAGACCUUUUUUUGGGAAUAUUGUAAUUACGGAUGUAACAGCCAACUGUCUCACUGUUACUUUUAAGGAAUAUAUAACCGUGUAACCGCACGGUCUACCUUUUCAGGGUCAGUCUGCGAUCUGCAAUAUUUUCAUUCAGGGAGAACAACAGCUGUGGUGCAUCAUACCGGAUUAUCUUUUCUUGUUCCUAGCCUUGAAAAUUUGGCAUCCUUUAAAGCACUUCAUAGCUGAACAGUCUGAAUGACUGUUGUAUGUGCAGGCCUUUCCAAUGGAGACUGAAACACCACCGUCAUUUGUAAACCUGAAAAAUUGAUCUAUUUAUUUGUUAGUUAUUUAUAUGUGUAGAUUUAACCAAGCCUUGAAUUGUUAAAAAAAUAUUUUUUGUGUGAAACACAAUUUUGUUGUAACUAUUUUGUUGCCAGAAUUGAAUGAGUUUACACUGAAUUUAACCUGACAUAUAUGAUAAUUUUGUAUAUUUUUGGUGUAUUGUUGGUAUACAGAAACAAUUUCAAUCCAGAGCUUUUGCUAGGAAAAUGCUGCUAUUAGACAUGUUAUGCUUCCAGUAACUGCUUGGUUGUAAAUAUUAAAUGAAGAAAUGUUAUGUAAGCAGCAUGGUAUGGCCCCUGGCUUAUCAUGCCUGCGGCCUCGGUUAAGUGCUACAUAAUAUUGAAGAAUAAUAAAAGUGAAACUCGGAUAUAAAUAAAA